AUGUCUCCCUCCACCAACGACUUUCCCACCACUUUCGUCUUGCAACCCUCUCAGGUCUCGUGGCUUAAGACGAAGGUCGAUGAGUAUCGAGGGGUCAAGGGUUCUGCGAAGAGGAAGGCCUUCGCUAGGAGGAUCUCGCAGCAGUUGAGGAACGAGAUGAACUCCAUCUCAGGGUCCAACAUGUCUCAAGCGCGGGAGGAGGCGCUGAACAUGGCUGUACAGAAGUGGUUUGAGAGCCACAAACUCGACAAGCACACCACACCCCGGAAUUACAGCACCAAUUGGCACCCUCACCUCGUUUUGAAAUACCGUCGAACCCGUGCGAUAUCACACCUCGCAAAUCUCAUCCUACACGACAGACCCCUCCCCGACCUCCGCAGACUUAUCGAGGAUGAAGACACGGUGAUUCGCGAGGCAGAGCACAUGGACGAGCUCGUAGUGGAAUGGGAGAACGAAGAGGAGGACGAGGACGAGGACAGCGACGUCGACGAUGAUGGAGAAGGUGGUGAAAGUGCCGUGAGUCGACCUCACGCUGCGUCACCGGCCCAAACAACCAACCGUACGGCCUCGCCUUUCGUGAAGUUCUCGCAGGCUACGAAGAUGAUUUGGGAGGCGAUGACCCCGGCAGAGCAGUCGUUCUACGAGCGUCUAGCUGAGCAAUGGAAAUUGGAAGGCCCUCCGCGUUCAGAGCAGCGCAGGCUUGCCGAGAAGAAGCUGACGGAACGGUGCAAGCAGUUCGCUACCUCACUCUACAACGACAUGAACGCGCGAGUCUUUUUUUUUCUCGGCUAUGAGGAUACUAAAGCGGAGCGCCUGGGUGUCACGUUGGAGUACAACCAAGAGCUUACCGGGAAGAAACCUUUUCAGAAGAUGUACGAGCAAGAACUGGAGAAGUCGGGUGCCCUCGAUCGGUGGUGCGAGUACGUUGGUCUAUCGAUGGCCGACGAAACCGAAGUUAAUCCCGCCGCAGCGACCCGGAAGGCCACCCCGAACCAGAAGGCCAAGCCUCUUCUUCCCAUGAAGGUGGACAAGUACGGCCGACCCAUCCUCCCUCCCCUCUCUGAGAAGCCUGUAGGUUAUCAGAAGGCUCUCUGGAUUAUUGAUAUCCUUCGCAGCUACUUCACUCGGCACUGGGUGCUCGCGCUCGGGGAGAAAGCCCUGCCCCCAAACAUCCCAGAAGACUUCGAUCGCUCAAGUGUUCACUGGAGCGACGUUCACGCCAAGCCUCAAGCAUGCAUCUCAGAAAAAUACCUCCCCAGCGACAUCCUCAAAAAAUUCCACGACCCGUCUCAAAUGCCUGCCCGCCUCCGCCGUCGCACAUACACUUGGAUCCUGGAACGUCAGGCUGAUCCGAAGGUCAAGACUGUCUUCGAGUUCAAGGCGAUCCCCGUCAAGAGGAGGGAUCACAACAAUCGCGAGAUCGUCGUUUACCAGCCCAGCAAGAUGAGGCUCGAGAUUGUCGACUUUGACCAAUCUGACAGUGAUGACCCAGAGUCCACUGCCGCCUCUUCCACCUCUGCAGCCUCGAGCAGCGAUGUCGAGUUGUCCAGCUCCGAUGACGACUACGACUUUGAGGACGACGCCCGAGGUGGCGAUGAGGUUAUCGAUGAGGUACAUUCGUCCUCGGACGACGACUACGACUUUGGGCGCGGCUCGGAAGACGCGCCCGGAGCCUCAUCGUCAUCACCAUCGUCAACUUCCUCGUCGUCUACCUCGCGCUCUUCCCAUUCCCGUUCUCCUUCGGCAGCGUCCCAAGUGGGUCCUGCAUCAUCCGACGAUGGUACCGACUCUUCUCAAUCGUCUGUCUCUUCCUCAGACGGCGAGUACGAUUUCCAGGUGCCAGAAGAAAAGCUCCCCUCUCCAGCCCUCUCAUCUUCGGACGACUCGGACAAAGACAUUCUACCUGUUCGUCCAGUCGCUCGCAAACGAAUGCGCCUCGACAUCACUCCGGCCGAUGAGAGGGCCUUGAAUACUCCUCGGCAGACUAGAUCUGGGACUGCAAAAGAGGGAGAGGGUUCAAAUCCGGCAAGUUCUCGGACGUUACGACCAACCACCAGUUCCAGGGGAGGGCGUGGUGCUACGAGAGGUGGUUCGGUCGAGCUUGACCUUGAUGUCAAAUUCGGAGUCAAGCUCGACUUUGACAUGGAGGUCGAAGUCGAGCUUGACCUUGGGUAUGCCCGUCGUAGCCGAGCUUGA